AUGGUGCUCAAGGACGACGCUCUGCAUUCGGAGAUACUGAAGAAUCUGCUGACCAACCAGUCACCGCAAACACUGGUCAUAGUCAGUGGCGAUGGUAACCCCAACAACGGAGGAACAACCUUCCCGUGGUGCUGUGAAGAAGCGCUCAAGCGCAAGUGGAAGGUGGAGGUGUAUGCGUACGCCAUGUCGUGCAGUAGCGAAUACGCUCGAUUACGGAAGAGGUACCCCCAACUGAUGACCAUCACAUACUUGGAUGACUUCCAACACGUCAUCUCAUACAUUCUCGUGCGACCAAGACUGCGCACAGUCAAGUCAGUCUCCAAUCUAACAUCACCU